CGAGUCCAAGAGGAUGGCUACAGGCGGAGGAGCGCCUAAAAACGCCGCCGUUUGCGUUACAGCUGCCAAAGAAAGUGAAAGAUGAAGCCUCUUGUUCUCUUGGUUCUUGUGAUCUGUACUGUAGUCAGCAUGAAUUUGAAGCUCGUGUCGAAGAGAAAUUCUGUUGAUGGUUGCAUUGACUGGUCAGUGGAUCUCAAGACAUACAUGGCUUUGGCAGGUGAACCAGUCCGAGUGAAAUGUGCCCUUUUCUACAGCUAUAUCAGAACUAAUUAUAGCAUGGCCCAAAGCACAGGUCUUAGGCUUAUGUGGUACAAAAACAAAGGAGACUUAGAAGAACCCAUUAUAUUUUCUGAAGUUAGAAUGAGCAAGGAUGAAGAUUCAAUAUGGUUUCACUCAGUUGACUUGCAAGACAGUGGUUUCUACACAUGUGUUCUAAGAAACUCAACGUAUUGCAUGAAGGUGUCCAUGUCCUUGACGGUAGCUGAGAAUGAAUCUGGGCUUUGCUACAACAGCAAGAUCAGAUAUCUGGAAAAAUCAGAAGUUACCAAAAGAAAGACAAUCUCCUGUCCUGAUAUCGAGGAUUACAAAACAGACAGUCAAGAGCCAGAUGUUGUAUGGUACAAGGAAUGUAAGCCAAAAAUGUGGAGAAGCAUUGUAAUUCAGAAGGGAAAUACACUUCUAAUACAAGAGGUCCAGGAGGAAGAUGGAGGAAAUUAUACCUGUGAACUGAAGUUUGAAGGCAAGCUUAUACGAAGAACGGUUGAGCUGAAGGUUACUGCUUUACUCACAGACAAGCCUCCAAAGCCAUUGUUCCCCAUGGAGAAUCAGCCAACUGUUAUAGAUGUCCAGCUGGGCAACCCACUGACUGUGGCCUGCAAAGCUUUCUUUGGGUUCAGUGGUGAAUCUGGCCCCAUGAUCUACUGGAUGAAAGGGGAAAAAUUCAUAGAAGAAUUAGAAGGUCACAUUAGAGAAGGUGAAAUCAGACUCCUCAGAGAACAUCUUGGAGAAAAAGAAGUUGAAUUGACAUUGAUCUUUGAUGCUGUCGAGGAGGCAGAUCUGGCUAACUAUACAUGUCAUGUGGAAAACAGAAACGGACGGAAACAUGCCAGCAUCCUUCUGCGCAAGAAAGAUUUGAUCUACAAAAUAGAACUUGCUGGAGGAUUGGGAGCCAUCCUUCUUCUGCUUAUUUUGCUUGUGACCAUCUAUAAGUGCUACAACAUAGAGUUAAUGCUGUUCUACAGACAAAACUUUGGAGGAGAUGAAGCAGCAGACGAUAACAAGGAAUAUGAUGCGUAUCUUUCAUACACCAAAGUGGAUCCUGAUGCACUGGAUUGUGAUAAUAAUGAAGAGGAGCAGUUUGCACUAGAAAUUCUGCCGGAUGUUCUAGAAAAGCACUAUGGAUAUAAGCUCUUCAUUCCAGAUAGGGACCUGAUCCCUAGUGGAACCUACAUUGAAGAUCUCACAAGAUGUGUUGAGCAAAGCAGAAGACUCAUUAUCGUGUUAACUCCAGACUAUAUUCUCAGGAGAGGAUGGAGUAUUUUUGAGAUGGAAAACAGACUCCAUAACAUGCUAGUCAGUGGAGAAAUCAAAGUUAUUUUGAUUGAGUGUACUGAAUUAAAAGGGAAAGUGAAUUAUCAUGAAGUGGAAUCUUUAAAGCACACCAUCAAACUUCUCUCAGUGGUCAAGUGGAAAGGACCAAAAAGCAGCAAACUGAAUUCUAAGUUUUGGAAGCGCCUAGUCUUUGAAAUGCCAGGGAAGAAAAAGGAGGUGGUGUCUCGGCGUCAGGUCCUGGAUUCUGCGGAGCAGGGCCUUUUUGGAGACCUCCAGACUGUACCCUCUCUUGCCGUCACAGGCACUUCUGCCACGCUGGUAGAGUCGCGGGCUGAUCUAACUGAUUGCCAUCGAGCAGAUUCUGUGCAAAUGAGACAUUAUUGCAGAGGAUACGAAUAUGAUGUGUCAGCAGCAACAUUGCCAAUAGCUUCCAUAAGCAACCAUCAUACAUACUGUAACAUACCUCUGACACUCCUAAAUGGACAGCUACCUCUUAACAAUACCAUGAAGGACUCCCAGGAGUUUCACAGGAACAACCCAUUGCUACCUUUAUCAGCAAGGGAGCUUAGCUUCACCAGUGAUAUUUGGUAGUGAAGAUCAGGAGACUUUUGAGAUGCUUCAUGACUGCCAUGAAGACACAUUUUUAAAGAACUUUGCCCAAACCCCACGGGGCAUCAAAUCAUAUUUGAAGCAGCGGCACACUUAUUUGCUUUUCUACUUGAACUUUUUUGUUUACAUUUACAAAUUACUGACAAAGAGGGCAUUCUUUUGUAAGUCAGCAAUGUCCUUCCUGUCUUUUAAUGUACAGCUUGAUUGCUUCUUUAAAAAAGGGGGAGAGAAAAAGCACAUCCCGUCAUUCUGCACUUAGGGAUAGAUAGCAGUUUGCUGUAUAUGAUCUCCAGCAUUUGUAUCUAAGUAACAGUAUUUCAAAUACACUGAAGUUGUUGGCUUUUUCGUGUGAACUUCAGUACAGUUUGAAAUUCCAGUAUCGUAUCAUGCUACAGAAAUUAUCUCCUGCACAGACCACGAGGGGUUAAUCAUUCAAUAGGAAGGAGGAGGAACUCCUCCCAGUAUCGUUGUCUCUCAGAUGCAUUUUAGAAGAUGACGAGCUGAAACAAUGCAGAUGAAGCUUUAUCAAUAAAGUGCACAGUAACACUUCCUAAAGAAUAAAUCACCUGCUUGCAUCAGCACCUCUUCAUUUGUUUGUUGAGACAUGUUGCAUUCCCAGUGGCUGGUUAGCAAUAUGGUUUUGUUAAACAGCUUAUUAGGGUACUGGAAGGUGUUUGGCGGGAUUUAAAACAACUUUUCUGUGAUUAAUAGAUUAUUUCAGACUUAUU